CCUUCCCCACCUCCUCUCCUCUCUCAGGUCUGAAGGAGUUGAUGAUAGCAGGUUGCUCCUGGUCAUCCAUGUCGGCCCUGUCCACCCCCAGCCUGCCGUGCCUCCGUACCCUGGACCUGCGCUGGGCAGAGGGGGUUAAAGACACCCAGAUCAGGGACCUGGUCACACCACCAGGCUGUGACAGUCGGUCUCGGCUGCGUGGCUGUGUGGUGCUGCGUCUAGCCGGCCUGGACAUCAGUGACUCCACCCUGAGGCUGAUUCUCCGUCACAUGCCCCUGCUAGAGCGGCUGGACCUGGCCCACUGCGGAGACCUCACGGACCAGUCCGUCUGCCUGCUCACCGCCGCCGGCACACACACGCGUAACACACUCACGGAGAUCAACCUCUCUGGCUGUAACAAGCUGACGGACGGCUGUCUGGCGUACCUGAAGAGGGCGUCUGGCCUGGCGCUGCUGGACCUGCGGGGCUGCAAAGGUGUGACGCGGCGGGGCUGUGAGGGCUUCAUCUCGGACCUCUCUCACUGCGUCCUGUUCUGUAUGACGGAGGAGAAACUCAUCCAGAGGAUAUCAUAAAACUACCCCCCCCCCCCCCUCUCUCGUUCGUACCCCUACGCAAGGGGCACAGAGACCCCACACCAGCCAGGCAGGGGGGAGAGAGUGGGAGCAGCAAACACCCCUCCCCCGAUACGGAGAACAAGCGCUCCAGAAAAGGGGGGGCAAGAAAAGGGUGAAAAGACAUUCACACUCCUCACUUAGGGUGAUAGAAGGAAGACAUGGGGGUUUGGUGGAGGGAGAGGGUAGACUGUGCUGUUGCAGCAUCAUGUGUUUAUUAGGUGGGUUAGGAGUUAUGAAUAGCACAGACACUUGUUAGUGUUGUUCACUCUACAUGGCUGAAAAUGGGAACCCGAUGGAUUGAAUGUGCGUGUUUGUACGACGUGGUCCCACAAAGCGGUAGAGUGAAUCAGGGUAUAGAUUUCAGAGGGGGUUGAGAGGGAAGGGGACUGGAGAAGAUUCCGGACAUGACUGGUGUCCCACUAGGUCUAGACUCUAUGCUGAACUUUCCAUGGACUCCUUGGGAAACCGAGCCGUCGAACGGGUGCCAAACCUGUCCUAGAAACCCCCCCGCCCCGCUGUCCCUCCUUCUUUUCGCACCAUCCUCACCCCUCUCCGUUUGAUACGCUCACAGCCGUGAGUUUUGUUGAAUGAAAACCGUACUGUAUCGCUCAUUAGGGUGCAUCCCAAAUGGAGCCCUAGUUCAAAAGUAGUACACUAUAUAGGGAACAGGGUGCUAUUUGGGACGAAUACAUAGUCUCUCUUCAGUUUUACUUGACUCCCUUUUCUCACUACCAGCCACUACAGGUCUUAAUGUUAUAGUCUUCGAAUUCCCUCAUUUGACAGAAUAUUUUCCUCCUCCUGUCGUAUUCAUCUCUUUCCUUUCUGUCAGUCCUUUUCAGAGGUGUAACGUUUUGUUCAUCCCUUCCCUCUAUCACCCAUAAUGUUAUUGUUGAACCGGAGGGCUCAUGGGAUGUGUCCCAAAUGUCACCCUAGUCCCAGUAUAGUGCACUACUUUGGAAAAAGUAGUGCACUAUAUAGAGAAUAGGAUACCAUUUGGGACGCGGCCUUGAUCUUGGUGAAUUGUGUCGGUUGCCCUACUGCAGUUGCUCAAUGGGCCUGGAACAUGCCUGUAGCAUUGCAAUCAAUGAUAUAAAUAUUUUCUGAAAUGUUUUGCAGAAAUACUUUUUUGUUUGUUGUUCAUUUGUGGUUUUUACAAGAAAAGAAAUAAAACAAAUCUUCAAUGAG